CGUCGUCCACGGGGGGCGCUGCUGCUGCUGCUGCUGCGCGCGGCGCUGGCGCCAUGGCCCGCGCCGAGAGGCCGCUGCUCUUCACGCUCGCGUACACGCUGUAUACCAAGACGAAGUUGGGGUAUGUUUAUCACAAGCGCCAAUUGAAGCAGGCAAGGGAACAUUUCCCUGGGGGACAUUCAACUGUAAAGCCAGUCAUCUAUCAUGGCCUGAUGAUCAGCCCCGUGCCCAUUAUGACGGAUAAUUACGGAUAUAUGGUGACAGACCUGGAGUCUCGGACUGCAGUCGUAUUGGACGCUUCUGACCCGCAAGCCAUCGAGGUUUGUAUAGAACAAGAAGGUGUCACUCUCGAGGCUAUCUUGGCCACUCACAAACACUGGGACCACAGUGGAGGAAAUCAGGUUUUAAAGAAAAUUUACAAGUGUCCUGUAUAUGGUUGCCCACAUGACAACAUUCCAGGAUUAACUAACCCCGUGGCUGACGGAGAGGAGCUGCGGUUUGGACGGCUCUGUUUCCGUGCCCGAUUCACCCCAGGCCACACGGUGGGGCACAUGGUUUACGUGUUGGAUGGCCAACCCUUUGGUGCACCUGACUGCCUCUUCUCUGGAGACCUACUUUUUCUCGCUGGCUGUGGCAGAAUGUUUGAAGGAACACCGGAGACGAUGUUGUCAUCGCUAGACAUUGUAAGCAGUCUGGCAGACAGCACACUGCUAUUUCCAGGCCAUGAGUGUGCACUUGACAACCUCAGCUUUGCGGUUGAGAUGGAGCCUGAUAAUCCAGCCAUCCUGCUGAAGCUGGACUGGGUUGCGCAACAGCGACGAGAGAAGCUGUCUACGUGCCCAUCAAGCAUCGGGGAAGAGAAGCAGUACAACCCUUUUCUACGCACACGAUCCACGGCAUUGCAGGCUGUGCUGGGCCUUGUUCAGCCUGCAGGAACCGAGGAGAGUGCUUUCCAUGCACACGUGCUGGAGGAUCUGCGGCAUCGCAAGGACUCCUUCAAAGGAAAAAGCUAGCUGCCACCACCACCAGACUCCUUCAUACAUAGCUGCAUUUUAGCUGUUAUUUUGACAAGGACUCCUCCAGAAGAAUGGCUUUCCAGUGUGAAGUACCAUCAGAGCACCUUCUGAAGAAUCGAUACAUGUUCUGUCCACGGGUCUGAUGCAAUUUGUUCCUCCACGUUACCGUCUUCCACUGCUCUCUGCGUACAACCUUUGAGCAGUCAAUCUGAAGAUGAAUACUCACCAGUUUAGCCAGGUUACGUAAAUGCCUUUGCAUGGGAAACGUGAAUAACCAUGAGGACCACGAUUCAUCUAAAACUUUCAAGGUUCGGGUUACGAAACAGUGGCCUACUUUGGGGUCUUUGAAGACUGUCCAAUGUACAGCAGAGCAAUAUGUAUUGGUAAAGUCCUGCACCAUUCCAGGUCAGCCAGGUGAACCAAACCAUAAGUGGCUACACUAUUGCAAAGGACUUUCAAAAUGUACAGGUCAAGUCACAUACACUGGUGAUACUUGGCAAUAGGUGCAUUAUGAAUAAAAACAUUUGUAUACAUUUAACACCGUUUUAAUAACACGACUGCAUGAUUUACAAAUCAACAUGCCAAAAACCAACCUUGGGUUAAAAGGGUACAUCUUUGUGCAAAUUGUUUUGAUAUUAAACGUUAAAUGAGUUCA